GUCGUCUAGGUUUCAGAGUGCAUGUUGUCUAGCUGCCCGCUCUCUCGACUUAGGUUGCGCGCGAGCCGGACUGCAGUGGCCGAAAGUUUCAUGCGCACAAUGGGCGGGUGAGACAUUUGCGGAGAGUGCCGGUGCCGCUGCGCGCAGUGUGAUCAGUCGCGCAGUGCACCGCAAACGAGUCAACGACCGACUCUAGCAUCCCUCAGUCACCUAUACCGACCGCCUCGUGUCCACUUUGAUUGUUACUGCUACCGCUGCUGCUGCUAUGUCUACAAGCGACGACCCGUCAAACCAGGCGCACCUGCAGGAGGGUGGUGCAGUGCACCAUGAGGCACACGAGGAGUUGCACAACGUCGGAAAUGAAGGAACAGACGCACUCGAUCUGAGUGCUCCCGGACAAGACGAGGAAACCCCUUCUCUGCCUCCGCGACCUGAAUCUGAAACUGCAUCCAUCCCACCGAAUAUGCAUGAACGCGUCUCUGCGCCAGCACUGCAGGAGGAGAACGAAUCCCCGGAGGUUGCUGCAUUGCGCGCCAUGUUUCCUGACUUUGACGCAGCUGUCCUGCAGUCCGUUCUCGAGUCCGUGGGCGGUGACCAGGAACGCGCGAUCGAUGUCUUGUUAGGCAUGAGCGACCCGGAUUACGUCUCGACUGCAGCCCCCGCCCCCGUGCACCACGACUUGGCGCUAGAUGAGCAGCUCGCCCGCCAAUUGGCGUUGGAGGACCAGCAACAGGCACCGCGUGCCAGGGGACAGUCGUGGCCUCACCGAGGAGACCUCCCAUAUCAGCCUAGACAGGGCACUCCGUCUCACCCGCAACAACAGCUGAAUGCCACUGGAACUGAACAUGGAGACUUUCAGGAACUGCAGGCGACGCUCGGUCGGAUGGCGGAAAGUGGGAAACGCACGUUCAGUUCGAUUGUCUCGAAGGCAAAGGCGAAGAUCAACGAAUAUAACCAACAGCAGAAUCAGCAACGUUCUGGACAGCCCUCCACUUCACCUCAGAACCCGCAAUGGGGUGCAACAUCUCCCGCACCGCUCGAUCGGCACACAGCGACCGAGGCCUAUAAUCAGGAUUACUAUGCUAAGGCACGCGAGGAUUCUCGCACGCCACCGCCAAUAUCAUUGCGCGACAACAGCAGCUACGGGCUGACGCGGGAUUAUGUCAAGGGCUACGAUGCAGCCUCGAGUGAGUCGAUGGAUCAUGCGCUCACGACGCAAGUCGCUGAGGCAAUGCGCCGUAGGUGAACCGAUUGCGCCCACAUCGACACCUCCUCCCGCAGCCGCGGGCGCUCGCCCAUCGAGCCCUCCCGCUGCUGUCAACCGGCCGUCCAUCUCAUCUCAGCCUCCGUCGGGCGAGACGCCGCGCCCGCCGUCCACAUCAAGUGCAAGUCCUAUCAAUGCGGGUACGUGUUUCGAUACUAUUCCGAGGUUCUCUACUAUCAUUCGGCCGCAUGCUCAUGUUCUUUCGGUCGCUUGAUAGCGAAAUUGGGCUUGCUUCCCAAGCGACCCGUUUCUCUCCUGACCCCGCAGCAGCCUACGAUACCGCGGCGUCAAGAUAGCGAGGA